UUAUUUUUUUAAAUUUUUAUAUUAUAUUGGAGUAUAGUUGAUAAACAAUGUUGUGUUAGUUUCAGGUGUACAGCAAAGUGGUUCAUUUAUACGUAUACAUGUACCCACUCUUUUUCAAAUUCUUUUCCCAUUUAGGUUAUUACAGAAUAUUGAGCAGAGUUCCCUGUGCUAUACAGUAGGUCCUUGCUGGUUAUCUAUUUUAUUUUGUUUUAUUUUAAAAUAUUGAUUGAUUGAUUGAUUGAUGUACUGUGUGGCAUGUGGGAUCCUUGUUCCCCGACCAGGGAUCGAACCCGUGCCCCCUGUAUUGGAAACGCAGGGUCUUAACCACUGGACUGCCAGGGAAGUCCCUGGUUAUCUAUUUUAAAUAUAGCAGUGUGUACAUGUCAGAAUGAGGUAUUUAAAAACAAAAUAAAACAAACCUGGGCCAUCUCUCCCUCACUAUCUCAUGGAACUCCAUUUAAUCUUCGGGAGAAAACGUGGGUGAAGAGGGUCCUGACGUGGGUAUCUCUCUUCCCGUCCCUGAGUGGGAGUGCUGCCCAGCUGUGUCCAGCUAUGAUAUGGACUGUGACCUCACGCCUCUAUUCCAGGAGAGGGCCCACAAUGCCUGCCCCGGUCCAUUCUCCAUCUCGGCCACUCUGAGCAUGCCCGGUGUGUGGGUUGCAACCUUACUGCUUCUGAGGUUUGGGUCAGUGGGUCUCAUACAUUGUCCCAUUCCAGUCACUCCUCCCAAUUACUGAGGUAACAGACGAGGGGACUGGAACCCAGAAGAAUCAACGUGCCUCAGAUCACACCAUUAGAAAGUGCAGUGCAGACUCUGAGGUCUGCACCCAGCAGGAGGAAUUCCUGCAUCACUUCUUCCAGCCCAGCUGCCCCCAUCCCUCCACAUACCAGGUGCCAGAACACAGCUGUCUCUUCCUUGCUCCCCCAACCCAGGCAAGCUGUCCUGGGUGGGGCUGAGCUGGGUGGGGCCGAGCUGGGUGGGGCCGCCCUGGGUAGUGUCCAGUGAGACUGUAGCCCCUGCAGGCAAAUUCAGCUGGACACUGAUGCUAAGUGGCAGUCCCUGCUGGUGAGAGCUGGGCUGCUGUGGGCGGUGGGGCACUGGGAGGGUAGGAAGUGUCUGGUUUGGGUGGAUCAAGGUCCUUGAAAAGAAAACUUAGAAUUGCCCAGGGAAGAACUCCUGUUGGAUUGAGGGAGAGGGGUUAGGGAAUGUCAGGUGACUGAGAGUGCACAGGAGGAGGGGGUGACUAGAGGAAGGGAGGGUUUAAGGGACAGUAAGAGCCCCUGGAGGCUGGGAAUGGAGAGCUGUAGGUCCCAGCCCCGAAUUUACUCUUGCCUUCGCUGUUUGUCUCCAUCUGGGCUAUGGUGAGUGUCCUCCUGACCCAGCCACCCUUCCCAAAGCAAGGGCAUCUGGAAAGCAAAAAUGACCCGUGAAUUGGUAUCUGGGGGCAGGAGGGUAUAAACUGAAGCGGGGGUUAAAUCCUGCCCACCUCAUGUCUUUGCCAGGUGAGGAGGGAGCAGGAAAGGCAAGCCUAGAGUCUAGAUCGCCUUGGAAGUCACUGGCCAUGCCCACUCUGCUGCUCCCGCUGCUGCUGCGGACGCUGCUGGCCCGCCUGCUGCUGCCUGCUGCCCGCCUUGCCCGCCGGCACUUCCUGCCCCUGCUGCGCCGGCUGGUCCACCGCCUGGGCUCUCAGGAUAUGCGAGAGGCUUUGCUGGGCUGUCUGUUGUUUGUCCUCAGCCAGAGACACCCGCCGGAUGCUGGGGAGGCCUCCAGAGUGGCCCGCCUGGAGAGGAGGGACAGGCUAGCCUCCCAAAAAUGAGGCCAUGAAUCCUGGUAGCAGCUGUAUCCACUGAAACGCUUUCUUUUGGAGUAAGACAGUCCUGGCCCCAUCACUGACUGCAGCCUGCCCAGUGGGCAGAAGACAUGGUGGGGGACAGAGCAUGAGAGGGGUCCGGCCAGGACAUGCCUCCCCACGCCCCCGACUCCCAGCAGAGAUGAUUGGAAGGAUGCUCUGCAUUUAGCAGAAAACCCAUCAUUAUCCCUCCCUCCCUGCCCCUGCAUUCUUCCCAAGAACUUUUCUUUUCUUUUUUUUUUGGCCGCACAGCAUGUGGGAUCUUAGUUUCGGACCAGGGAUCGAAUCUGCACCCCCUGCAUUGGAAGUGCAGACUCUUAAACCACUGGACCGCCAGGGAAGUCCCAUCUUUUUAAUUUUUUUUCCAAGAACGUUUCUAAUUACCUCUGGCCUGUGAGGGGAGAGGAACUGACUCUCCUCCCUCCGCCACCCCCACCCGCAGGCAAAUGGGGACAUGAGGUCCAAUGAGGGACAAUGCUUAACCUAGCUAAUCCAGACUGUCUGUCUUUGACUCGUGAUUUACCAAGUAGUAAGACCUUGGUUCCCUAGGGAGUCAGUCCUGCCUCCAAAGCCCAGCAUACAUACUGCAGGUGCUCAAUAAAUAUUUGUUGCUUUGAAUGCCUGGGAUGUCUUUGACAGUCUUUGUCACACUCCUGCACUGCAUGACAGUCGAACCUGUCCAGAGGGUGGGAUGGGGAAACAAUUCAAGGCUUCCUUUUGCUACCUAUUCCAUUGUCCCUCUCGGUUUGUACGUCCACUUGCCUAAUUUGAGUAUAUUACACUGUAAACCAGCAGUCUUGGGUCUGCCUGGCCAGCUCAGGGUAAGGAGGUAAACGUCCUCCAGCAAGCGUGGACACUCUUCGCAGCUAGUGGUGUGGGAAGAGGGAGAUUUGUUUGCUGAGGGACCCUGUGGGCAGCCGCCCAGAGGAGCAGUGUAGAAAUGCAUACCCCUGAGGGGUCCUCUGCUCAUGAUGGGAUCUAAGGGGUAGCGGGUGGGUGGGGUGUGAUCUGAGGAAUUCACCUAUUUCCCCUCCCCAGUGGGAGGCCCCUC